CUUUGGGAAACCGGAAGUGGCGCUCCUUAUUAAGUUAGUUCACAGUUGCAAUGUUAUGUGAGUGAUGAUCAUGGUGCUAUCCUCUUUGACUAUGAUCAGUCCUUUUUAAAUCACGAAUAAACCGUUUUACUGUGUAAAGUAUUUACACCUUCCACACAAAAUGCCACGUUCGUAUUUGAAAACGGACGAGGCGAGAGAUGCCGCAGAGAUGAAAUACUUGCUUGCAUCCAAAAUUCGCCGCCGAAAAGAAGAAAUCCGCAACUACAUAUUAGAAAGGCGAGCAGAAAUUCACAAAAGAAUCCGAUAUCGAAGGCAUCUUUUCCAGAAUUACCUGAGCACGAGAACGUCUCCAUCACCGACUGAAGAAGAUUUGCCAAAUCAUGUCCCAAUCCCUUCAGACCCAGACUGGUGGGAAAGAGUGGUAAUGACUGAGUUUGGACCGGAAGACUGGCUUGACAAGUUCCACGUCACAAGAGAAAUCUUCCUCCUCCUGAGCACGAAACUCAAGCCUCAGCUGGAGCAAGUGUACAUACAGCAAACCCAACAAACCAUAACAUUGGAGAAAUGCAUAGCCAUGGCCUUAAUGCGUUUGUCCACCAGCACAGAGUACUGCUUUUUAAGCGAACUAUUUGGGGUGCCAAUCCCUGCUGUGUGUCAGUGUGUGCGGGAGGUGUGUGAAGCCAUCAUUUUGUUAUUAAAACCCAUCUACAUGCAACUACCAGCACAACAUGAACUAGAGGACAAUGUGGAGCAGUUUCGUAGCUUGUGGGGUUUUCCUCAUUGCAUCGGCGUCAUCGAUUCCCUUCACAUCCCAGUUAACCUGCCUGCCGCGGAGAGCCAGGACUGCUGGAACCCAAGCGGGUGGCACUCUGUGGUUCUCCAAGGGGUGGUGAACGCUCAUGGUAAUUUCUGGGACGUGUGUUCUGGUUUUACAGGCAGCACAGAUGAUAUGACCAUCUUGCAGAGCUCAGAACUGUGGACUAUGGCAGAGAAGGGAGGUUUUUGCUCUCAGCCGCCCAAAGAACUCAUGGGACGCCCGUUGGGGUUUCUGUUGUUGGGGGAUGUGGGGUUUUCUCUUCAGAAUUGGUUACUGAAAUGUUAUCCAUCUUCAUCCAAUCUAACCCCACAACAGCAAACCUUCAACGUCAAACUCAACCUCGGCCUUAAAGUCAUCGAGCAAGCUUUCCAGCGCCUCAAAGCACGCUGGCAGUGUCUGCACAACAGAAAUGACAACAACGUCGAUUUGGUGUCCAAGAUGGCUGUAGCUUGCUGUAUAUUACACAAUAUCUGUAGUGUUCACGACAGCCCGUUUAAAGACGAGUGGGUUGAAGCACUGAGUCAGAAUGAAUGUCCACAGCCCAAAGAUGUGUCUACGGUAUAUAUAGAUGAUCCUAAUGCUGAGGCCGUACGUUCUGUAGUCUGUAGUUAUUUUGAGCAGCAGCAGCAGAGCCAAACAUUUGAUCAGUCCCCAACAAGCAGCCCGGUUCUGCCUGUGCCAGAGCCUCCUCAAGUGGACAGUGCUGGAACAACAUAGCUGGUGUUAGACUGUUCAUUUUAUUAGCCUCAUUAUAGCUGCUUUUUAAUACUCUCAAAUGGCAUUAGGAAAGCUAUACAUUUAUAUUUAAACAUGUAUUUAAAUCAGCAUCUCAUUUUAUGAAUUAUCUUUCAUUAUUUUCUCCAAUUCAAUAGGAUAAUCAGAAAAUAUCAGUGUUAGCUACUGACUGUCAGUAUCACCUUUUCUUGAAGUUGAAAUUUUUUACAAUCUUUCUUUGUUUUCGCCUAAAGUAAUUUUUCUCCCACACAUAUUUGAGCUUACAGGCCUGCUGCCAUGACAACAAUCCCAGGAUGAGCUACAAAACACCAAGCAAUCCUAGAUCAUGUUAGAUUGCCUGCUAUAACAUCAGGUUAAUCAGGUUCUCUGAUUUCUAAACAAAGAAAAUGACACAUUUUGUUCUGGUUCAUCAUCAAACUUAUCAGCUUCUGUGACAUGUAUUUAACAGUGACAUAUACUUAUGACUAGUGUUGGAGGAAACGCAUUACAAGUAACGCGAGUUACGUAAUAUUACUUUUCUAAGUAACAAGUAAAGCAAAGCAUUACAUUUUACUUUUUAAAAAAAUUAGCGUGAGUUAGAAAAGUUACUUUUUAGUUUAGGUAAUACGCUUUUAAAAAAUUAAAUUGCUGAUAUAAAAUGAACAGUCACAUUGAAUCACAUGCAAUGAGAGAAUGCGGGAACAGACAGAAAUGAAGAUGGCAGAGUCUUUCUGUGAUGGAAAUAUUCUCAUUAUUUUGAACACAAGAAAGAAAAGAAAAAGAGGAUUAUUUGACUGGACAGUGAUUUUACUGAGCUUAUAAGACAAAAAGUACAAAAGUAGCAAGCACUUUGCUUUAAAUUUUAUUAACCUGUAUAUACGGCAUGUAUAGCUCUGGGGUCAGGAAGUUCUCCAAAGAUAACAUUAUUCUACACUCUCAGAAAUAAAGGUACAGGAGUCUCUGUGGCAGUACCAUUUUAAAAUAUAAAUAUUUGUACCCAAAGAGUCCACAAUGGUACCUUAAAGGUGCAUGUCAGUACCCAAAUAUACCUAAAAAGUACCUUUGAGGUACCAUUGUGGACCAUUUAAGUACAAAUUUGUACCCUUUGAAAAGGUACUGCCACAGAGACAGCUCCUGUACCUUUAUUACUUUAUUUCUGAAAGUGUACAUUAAUUUGGUUUAUGUGUUUUUUUUUUAAAGGUAAAUUAAUUUUAGGUUAUACAGUGUUUUGUUAAUUUCAGAACUGCUCUAUUUAAAAAACAUGCAAGUUCUGAAAAGGAUCAAGCCUCAGCCAGGUCAGAAAAAGUAACUAGAAAGUAAACAUUUCCUAUCAUAAAAAGCAACUAGUUACUUUUUUGGUGGAGUACCUCAUUAUUGUAGCGCAAUACUUUCAAAAGUAACUUUGCCCGUUUGCUUAUGCGAAACUUAUUUUUUAAUUCUACUAACAUGUCUAAAGGUUGAAAAUCUGCUAAAACAAGUUUAUGAUGCUUAUGUUAAACUAUAAUGAGCAGCCACUUCACUAUGAUAUGAGAAAAGAAAUGUAAGUUUGUUUCAGAAGCAGACUGAGGCCCAUUUCUUCACAGGUUCUGGUCAGGUCUGCUUGUUGAGUGCAGACUUACAGAAAUGAACUGCAAUAAGAGCAAUCUCAAAGUACAUUUUAAUAAAACCAAAACUUCCAAGUGUGAAAACA